AUGGCGGUAAGUUUUUUUUAUGAAAAUUUUUUUUGAAAGUUAGUUUAGUUCCAGAGAAAAAAACUGGCUUUCAAGGUCAUCUUUUGACCAGAAAAAAAGGUUUUUGUGAAAGAUAAGCACGUGGGAAUUUGGUAUUUGAAAUAUCGAGAAAUUGAUAAUAACAUUUUUGGAACUUCAGAAUCUGAAAUCGAUUUUUUCGCGAAUUCCAAUCUUUUUUGAAACUUUUAGAAGAUUACAAGGAAAAUCUCCUAAAAAACAGAACUAGUUUCUUAAUUUUAGAAAUCCCAGAAAACUUGGAAUAAUUUUUCCAGCUCCAAAAAUCGAAGAUUGAUCAAAAAUUUAGAAAUCAAGUACUGCAAAAUCUGAAAUGUUUGAAAAAAAUUAAAUGAAAAAUAGAUUCCCACGUUUCGUUUCUGAAAAAACUCCAAAAUUCUGAUAAGAACCAGAAAUCAAAACUUAUUUUCAAAUUAUCCAAAAUAAAUUGGAUCCAGCAAUUAUAAAAAAAAUUAAAAAAAAUAAACCUGUGUCAAAAAUACUUUCAAUUUUUAUAUUUUUCCAAAUUCUUGCAGGGCCUUGCGAAAAGCUCAUCUCGCUCGGAAAUGAAUUCAUCUUGGAUGACGUGGCAAGAUGUUCUUCUACAAUGCCUUCAACCUAUGUUAGCUAUUGUUUUAUUACUGAGAUUUUCCAGUAUUGUUGAUGAAGCUGGAUUUGGUAAGCAUUUAAUUUAUUGAGAAAAAUUCCAAUAUUUAUAAAUAUUAUUCCAGUCGUCACAUUACUCUUGGUUUUCAUAACAUUUUUGAUAAGUUUUGUGACAGCUUGGUCAGCUUGUACAGUUGUUUCUCGAAAAAAUAGUGAUGGAGGGUUUCUAAAAACUGUGAGUUCUUAUUAAUUUUCAUCUUAUUUUCUCACCUAAUUUUUCCAGCUCAUCUCAUAUUCUUCUCCACAAUUUGCCACGUCAUUCUCUUUACUACAUCUAAUUGCUCUUAUAAUGGCUACAAGUAUUUUUGUAACUUCUGGAGCUGAAGCGGUUUUGCACAUUUUUUCCACUUUUAGCUUUGAUAUUUUUGAUGGAGCAACACAUGAUUUGAGAAUUGUUUCAGCUGGUAAGUUGAUAUUUCAUUUUAAAUAAUCUUAUAUAUUUUUUUUGAAGUUCUUUCUGUGAUCGUUCUGAUUUUCUGCUUGAUUCGUAAUCGAAAUGGUCGACACACUCGAUUUUUCAUUUUGGUUUUGACGAUUAUUGCGGUUGCUCUUCAUUUAUCUGGAGUCUUGUUUCGAUACGGAGAAUAUCAGUUGAGAAGAGUUCCAGAAAGUGAGUUCUUAUGGGGAGGUUUUGAAUGGUAUGAGAAAGUAUGGCUGAAAAUUAUCUUGAUUGUGAAAAUUACUACAGCGCUUGCAAAUGUUGGGAACUUUUUCAGAUAAAAAUUAUAGUAACUAUCAUAGAUUACUGUAGUUGAUUCUUGAGGGUUUUUUGAAAACGUUAUCUUUUCAAAAGUUAUCUUGAAAUAAGAAAUGCAGUAAAUAUAUUUUUUUAAUCGGGGGAUUUUUAAUCGUAACCCUAGUUGAUUUUUUGAAUUCUGAACGUUUUUUCUAUUUGAGACGCUUUCUAGUUGUAAAAAAAAGAAAUUCCAAAAAUAAAAAUCAGGAAGUUGUGAAUUUUUAUUGAAGAAACAUUUUUGGCAUAGUCCUUCAUCCAAUUUUCUAGAAAAUGUUUUGAUUGCUGCCCCAUCAAAUGCUGAAAUCUCAACAAUUUUCGCCCAACUCUUCCCCGCCGCAAUUUGUGCUCUAACAAUCCUCAACUUCUCUCCCAAACUUCAAUCAUCAGCCCCACGCGGUUCUCUUCUCGCAAUCGCCAUCGCCGCCGCAAUUUAUGGUGCAGCUGCGAUGUUUGACUAUGUCGAAUUUUUCGCUCGCGCAACACCAAAUGCCACACAAAAUGGUGAACCAAAACAACAAUUUGAGCAUCUUUCAUAUAUUUAUACAACAGUUCCAAUGGCAAUUGUUAUCACAAUUUCUUGUAUUAUGUCAGGUGUUUCAACUCUAAAAUAUUCCUCAAAUAUUCUUCGAUCGUUAUGUCGAUUUUCUCAAAAUAGUAAUCUUCUUUGGCUUUCAAGAAGUUAUGGAAGUCGAGAUAUUCCACUUCGAUGUUUAUUAAUUAUUUCAAUUUUUCAAACAUCAAUCUCAUUAAUUGGAUCUUAUGAUAUUCUAUGUAUCCCAACUACAGUACUCUUCCUCGUCAUUUAUGCGUUAUUCAAUUUUUAUGUAUUCCGCGUUAAACUUUCUGACACAGCAAUUCCUUCGCCUCCACCUUUGGUAUCAUUGCUCAUAUCAACACUUUGCAUAUUUUUGGCAAUGUUUACAAAUCGACAUUUGGCUUUUAUUGGCGGAUUUAUUUUUGCAUUCUGUUAUUGUGCUCAAAUGUAUAUUCAGAGAGGUAGAAUUAAUUUAUUUCUUUGAUAAGCUUUCAAUGUUAAACAAUUUCAGAUAAAGAAGCAUCUGAAAGAGUUGAGAAAACUAGUAAAUACAUUCCGGUUUUGGAACAAAUGCACGAACUUCAACAAGAACCCGAUAAUAAUCGACAUUAUCAUCCACAGAUUUUGUUGUUGUCUGGAAGUCCGACUGUUCGACCGGCGUUGGUUGAUUUUGCACAUUCGAUUACGAGGGGGAAAUCUCUAUUGAUUUGCGGAUAUGUUAUACCGGUUUGUGUUUUUUUUUCAAAAAGUAUAUCAUCAAGAAGGCAACGGCUAUGAAAAUCGGAAAUUUGGAGUCACUUCGAAAAUUCGAUUCUCAUUUUUAGCCAUAAAAACAUGGCAUCAACCUUGCCACGUCAUAAUUUCUUCUAACUAACAAAAAAAAAUAAAAAAUUUCCAGCAAAAACCGUGUUCCCGCUCCUACUUGCUUCAACUAAAAAUCGACAAACAGAUCAAUGAUUUUUUGAGAAAUCGAGAAAUCAAUGCGUUCGGAUCAGCAAUUUGUUGCGAGAAUCAAUCAGAUGGAGCCAAUACUCUUCUACAGGUUCAUCAUAUCUAGGAAUUUUUGAAAAAAAUAACUUGUUUAGACUGUUGGACUUGGUCGUCUCCGCCCAAAUAUUUUAAUGGUUGGUUUCAAAACAAAUUGGAAUAAAUUAGGAGUUGCGAAUUUGCAAGUUGUCAAUGAUUAUUAUGGAAUGUUGUCAAAUGCAUUCGAAAAACAAGUUGGGCUAAUUGUUUUCCGAAAUGAAAUCAGUGGAUUCGAUGUUUCAUCAUCUAUUCGAAAUAAAGGAGAACCAAUCAAUAAUGAUGAAGAACUCGCGGAAUAUGUUGAAAGGUAAUUAAUUAAUUAAGUUACUAAGUUAAAAUAAAUUUUCUUAUAGUCAAUCAAUACCAUCAACCAGUGAUCUUCCACAACUUCCAAUUCAAGAAAAACGAAUCGGAGCUCAUCGUGGCAAGAUUUUAUCGAGUAUGCAGACAACUUUCAGAAAAAUGAGUAUGGCUGCAACAAGGGUAAGGAGGAUAUUGGGAUUUGGCGCCAAAAAACUACAGUACCCCAGAGUUGAUUUGGUGUUUAAAAAUGAGGAUUUUCAUUAGGCACAAAAAUUGUCAGUUUUUCGAAAAAAAAAAUUGAAGAUCCUCAGAAGUUCUGAAAAAUAUACCCACAAACCGGACCUAAUUUUUUUAAAAUCAAAAGUUUAGAAUGCUCUCAUUUCAUGAAGCCAAAUCAAAAAUUUCAGGAUUUGGAAGGCGGUGCUGGUGGAAAAAGAUUCCAAGUUAACGCAAGUCAACAAAGUGGUUCAAAAAAUCAAGAUGAAACAUUAAUUAUUGAACAAAUGUUCAGAUUUAGAAAACGUAUACCGAAUGCUAGAAUUGGUAAGUUCUCAGAAAAUGGGAAAAUUCUACAUAUUCCAAACAUUUGCAGAUGUUUAUUGGUUACGAGAAGCUGGCGGUCUUACAAUGCUUGUUCCAUAUCUUCUGACACAAGUUGGAAGUUUUCUAGAGGGAGCUCAUAUUCGUGUUUUCACCAAAACCGAUUCUGACAAGGAUAAUAUGCGAAAAAUCAACGAGGAGCAAAAAACAAUGGCCGCAGUUUUGCGAAAAUUCAAAAUUGAUUCGACAGAUCUUCACAUUCUUCCCGAAUUCCACAAAUCGCCUUCUCAAAAAAUGCUGGAUAAAUUCAACAGCAAAAUCAAAGAGUUCAAAGUUCCACGAGGAAUCGAUAAAAUGCCCGGAAUGUUUGACGAUGAUGAAUUGUUCAAUCUUCGAGGAAAAACUCGAAAUUAUUUGAGAGCCGCUGAACUUAUAACUGAACAUAGUUCAGAUGCUGAUUUGAUUGUUUGGUAAGUUGUGUUGAAAGGGGAGCGGGACAAUCAAUAAUUUAUUUUUGCAGUACACUACCAUCUGCUCGACCGGAAAUUCCAGCAACUUUGUAUUUGACUUGGAUAGACAUCCUAUCUCAACAAACUCCACCAACUUGUCUAAUUCGAGGCAAUCAAGUGUCAAUCAACGCGUUGAAACUUAAAUUUCCUUGA